UAUGUUUGAGGCGACGCGUCCCUCUAACAUUGAGUCGAAGAAGACGCAGGUCGGGACGAUGAUGGUUCCGGGUGGUGUUGCUGCUUCUUGCGCAUGCAAAGGUAUCCGGCGAUGUCUUCUGUGUGAGAAGUUAAAAGAAAGUCACUUGGCCGAAGAGAAGAUCAGGCACCUUUUCUUCUACGACCCCGAGACAAAGCUCGCCGUGCGCAAAGAUGGCGAGCCGGCAUCGUUCCCCUUUCCCGGCGUGUUCUUGUGGGAGGACUUCCUAUCGGAGGAGGAGGAGAAGGAGCUGAUAAGCAGCAUGGACCAGGACGUCUGGAAUCUGUCCCAGUCGGGUCGGAAGAAACAGGACUUUGGGCCAAAAGUAAACUUCAAGAAGAAGAAAGUGCGCCCCGCCAGUUUCAGCGGUCUCCCCGCAUUGAGUAAAAAACUGGUGCUGCGAAUGCAAGAGGAGGAAAGUCUGGCGGGCUUCCAGCCCGUGGAGCAAUGCAAUCUGGACUACCACCCCCAGCGGGGUUCCGCCAUUGACCCUCACCUGGACGACUCCUGGCUGUGGGGGGAGCGCCUGGUCACCAUCAACAUGCUGUCCGGCACCACGCUGACCAUGUCGCUGGAGCAGGGUCUCCCGCAGCUGGGACUCGCGGGCCAGGUGAACGUGGCCGUGGCGCUCCCGUGCAGGUCUUUGGUGGCGUUGUACGGGGAGGCGCGGCACCGCUGGAAACACGGCAUUCUCCGGAAGGACGUGCGGGAACGGAGGGUUUGCAGCACCUACAGGGAACUGUCGGCCGAAUUUCUCCCCGGCGGGCCGCACGCCGAGCUCGGAGCUCGGCUGGUCGACAUCGCGGCGAGCUUCAGGGGAGCUCCCGUUUAGACCGACGACGAACUUUGUUUUGUUAGGCGUAGCGCGCUGACUUACUUUUAACACGACUGCGUGUGAUUGCAUAAUUCUGAACACAGGCACAUCUCUACACGUGCACUGUAACAUCAUUUAAAAUUCAGUGCAGAAGCUCAUUUUUGGGACGUUCGACUAUUUUGUGCAUUCAUAAUAAAUGAAUAUAUUUAUUUAAGCGAUUACAGUGGGGUGGAGGUUGCACUGCAAAAUUCACGUUGCUUUUUUAACAUGACCGUUGAGCUCUUUUCAAUAAAGUGACGUUUGGCUCAUUAAACGCAAUUUGAAUUGCCUCCGCUGAAACGUGAUCGCUUCUGUUUUUGCAA